UUUACCAACAAACUUAAAUUACAUACUGUCGUUAAUAAACACAAUACAUUUUGUUGGUAAAAAGUGAUCAAGAUGUCUACACUGGUCUCAAGUUUCAUUCAUUACAUCUCUCUCUAUGGGUAAACAAUAUUUUUUGUUUAUUAUUAUGUCAAAAGGUCUGAACACAGAGCAUAUUGGUUUCUGGAUUUGUGGUUUAAUUUGGUUAUAUAAAAAGGUGAACUGUUCCUGUUCCUCUGCCUCUCAUUAUUUUACUUUAACUCCUCUUCACAUGACUUCUGUUUCUCAUAAAUAAAUCUCACUCAAUAUUCUACCAACUCUCUCUCUCUCUCUCUCUAAAACCCACAAUAAACAUGCUACUAGAUCAUCACUCUUGAAAACCACAACAUGAUCAACCUCCAUUUGAUCCUCUCAAUUCUUCUGUUUCUUGUCAAUCAAUCUUUUCAGUUAACCACAGACGGAGUUCUGUUACUUUCUUUCAAAUACUCUGUUUUAAACGACCCGUUAGGUGUUCUAGAUAGCUGGAAUUACUCAGAUGAAUCACCGUGUUCAUGGAACGGUGUCGUUUGUAGUAAUCCCGACCGCUUAGUCACCGAACUCUCACUUCCUAAUUCCCAACUCUCUGCCUCCAUUCCCGCCAAUCUUGGAUUCAUUCUAAACUUAAACAAACUUGAUUUAUCGAAUAAUUCGAUCAACGGGUCCAUCCCGUUAUCGUUAUACAAUGCUACAGAGUUAAAGUUUCUUGAUUUUUCGAAUAAUUUGAUCUCCGGUGAGCUUCGGGAUGUUAGAGGAUUAAAGAGUCUUGAAUUUGUUAACAUUUCCGGUAACUCGUUAACCGGGAAGCUGCCGGAGAGUGUUUCUCGUCUUCCUAACUUAACGGUGGUUAAUUUGAAGAAUAAUUAUCUUCAUGGGAAUCUUCCGGCAGGUUUUGAUUCGGUUAAAUUUUUAGAUCUAUCUGGGAAUUUACUCACCGGGUCAUUACCUGAAGAUUUCGGAAGCGGAGAUCUUGUUUACUUCAACAUCUCCCACAACAAUAUUUCAGGAAUAAUUCCACCGGAAUUCACCAACAAAAUCCCCACAAAUGCGACAAUUGAUUUGUCGUUUAACAAUCUCACCGGACCAAUCCCGGAAUCCAGUGUUUUCCUCAAUCAAGAUCAGAGAUCUUUCGCCGGAAAUUUACAACUUUGCGGCAAACCGUUACACAAUCUAUGCCAGAUCAUUUCAUCCAACGCCUCCUCACCGGCACCGGCAACGGCAACGGCGACAUCGCCUCCGGCGAUCGCCGCCAUACCCAAAACCACCGACUCAUCUCACUCAGACAAUUCAUCGAACACUUCGAGUGCAUCAAAAACUGGUUUCAAAACCAGCACAAUCGUUGUAAUAGUCGUCGGAGACAUUGUGGGGAUCGCAGUUUUAGCAACCAUCUUCAUCUACAUAGUGAAAAAACGUAGAAAAGUUGCAUCAGAUACCAAUCAUACCAAUAAAGAAUACGAUUGGGGGUCGUCGGAAGAAGAACAAGAACACAAAUGGCUACGUUCAUGGCCAUGUUUGUUCACAAAGAAACCCAAUCAAGAUGAUCAAUCCUCCAACAUAAGUUCGGAAACCGACGAGGAUGACGUGGCGGCGUCGGUAUCGCAAACAAAACGCGACAUUUUGAUGACAGAAGUGGAGAAAAAAGGGGAGUUGGUAACGGUUGAUGGUGGUGAGAAGGAGUUGGAGCUUGAGACGCUUUUGAAAGCGUCGGCUUAUAUUUUGGGUGCAACCGGUUCGAGUAUAAUUUACAAGGCGGUUUUGGAGGAUGGGACCGCGUUGGCGGUCCGGCGGAUUGGGGAGAGUGGGUUGGAGCGGUUUAGGGAUUUUGAGAACCAGGUUCGGGUUAUUGCGAAGCUUGUGCACCCGAAUUUGGUCCGGAUUCGUGGGUUUUAUUGGGGGGUUGAUGAGAAGCUUGUUAUCUAUGACUAUGUUCCUCAUGGGAGUUUAGCUAAUGCACGUUAUAGAAAAGUUGGAUCUUCACCUUGUCCGUUACCGUGGGACGUGAGGCUCAAGAUAGCGAAAGGCACUGCUCGAGGGCUAAUGUACAUUCACGACAAGAAACAAGUACAUGGUAACCUAAAGCCUAGUAAUAUCCUGUUGGGUUCUGAUAUGGAACCUAAGAUAGGAGAUUUUGGGCUUGAAAGACUAGUUACGGGUGAAACCAGUUGUAAAGUAGGAGGUUCAUCUCGGAAUUUUGGUAGCAAGAGGUCAACUGCAUCUCGUGACAGUUUCCAAGAUGUCACGAUGGGGUCAAACCCUAGCCCAAGCCCAAGUGCGAUGGGGUGCAUAUCACCAUAUUACGCCCCUGAGUCACUAAGAAGCCUAAAGCCCAAUGCAAAAUGGGACGUGUUUUCAUAUGGUGUUGUUUUGCUAGAACUGUUGACUGGUAAGGUUAUUGUGUCAGACGAGUUUGGGCCCGCUAGCAUGACGUGGAGUUCCACGUUGACAGAUGAAGAGAAAAUUAGGGUGUUACGAAUGGUUGACGCGACAAUUCGGGGUGAGAUGGAAGGGAAAGAAGAGCACUUAUUAGCAAUUUUAAAAUUAAGUUAUAAUUGUAUAUCUUCAGUGCCACAAAAGAGACCACACAUGAAAGAGGUCCUUCAUGCCCUCGACAAGUUCCCUUCUGCCUGUUCUACCUCUGUGUAUUAUUAUGGUCACGUAUAAAUUAUUAAUUAUGGGAGAAAUUAAUACACAGAAUUUUCUAGAGAUAUGUGUAUUUAUUAUGAAGUUGAAAGGUAGGUCUUGCAUGUUUAUUUGAAA